AUGGCUCUUCAUCUUUUUUUCGAUUGCCUUCACAACAUUACAACAGAUAGUUCUUAUAUCUUGGAUGUCUCCUUUAUGAACCCUGACAAAGUGCUUUUAAAGACUAUCACAGCUCAGCUACAGACACUUCUUGGGAUAUCUUCGAUUGAGAUUCUGUCUACUCAUUUGAGCGAUGAAGUGUAUUUGGGACAGAGAGAUUCUAAAGAAUGGGCAGCUGAGAAAGAUGCGUUUGAGAAGUUUGGUGAGAAAGUGAAAGAGAUUGAGAAGAACAUUGAUGAGAGGAACGAUGAUAAGAGUCUCAAGAACAGAACAGGUCUGGUUAAGAUGCCUUACACUUUAUUGUUUCCGACCAGUGAAGGUGGAGUUACUGGUAGAGGGAUACCAAACAGUGUCUCCAUAUAAAACAGAUCUCAUCACAGUCAUGUUGUGUUAUACCUUUGUUUACUUGUUCUACACGUUUAAUCGUUUAUUCUUGUUAUUAA